UAUUCAAAUUACAUCAUUGCCAUCGUGACCGUGUGAGUCGUUCAAAUAGCGUCGUUUAGAGAAAGACAAAGCAGACGCAACAGAAAUGGAAAACCAACUUUGUAAGCUUUUCGUCGGCGGCCUGAAUGUGGAAACUACAGAUGAUGGCCUUCGCCAGCACUUCGAGCAGUACGGCCAGCUGACCGACUGCGUUGUUGUCCAAAACCAGCAGCUCCAGCGCUCCCGUUGCUUUGGGUUUGUGACCUACUCGACUGCGGAGGAGGCUGAUGCAGCAAUGGCGGGUAGGCCUCAUGUUGUAGACGGCAACAACGUGGAGCUGAAGAGAGCCGUGGCCCGGGAAGACGCCGGCAAACCCGAGGCCCUCGCCAAGGUGAAGAAAAUCUUCAUCGGCGGCCUGAAAGAAGACGUGGAGGACGAACACCUAGCAAACUACUUCUCUCAGUUCGGUACACUGGAGAAAGCCGAAGUGAUCACCGACAAGCAGACGGGCAAGAAGCGCGGCUUCGGCUUUGUGUACUUUGAAGACAACGACUCUGCUGACAAGGCCGUGGUGCUCAAGUACCACACCAUCAACGGGCACAAAGUGGAGGUGAAGAAGGCCCUCUCCAAGCAGGAGAUGCAGGCCAGCGGCGGCAGGGGAGGCCGGGGCAGAGGAGGGCGCGGAGGCGGAAGAGGACAAAAUGGCUACGGCGGCGGCUACAACAACGGCGGUUAUGGCGGCGGCUAUGGGGGCAAUGAUGGCGGCUACGGCAACAGUGGUGGCUACGGGAGCGGCGGCGGCGGCUAUGGAAGCAGCGGCGGCUACGGGGGAAGCGGCGGCUACGGAGGAGGAUACGGAGACCAGAUGGGCGGCUAUGGCAACGGAAACGGCUACAGUGACUUUGGCGGUAGUUAUGGCGAUCAGUCCUCUGGCUACGGGGCGAUGAAAGGGGGUAGCUACUCCUCCGGCAGAAGCAGCGCACCUUACUCCAGAGGUGGUAGCGGCGGCGGCGGCUACGCCAGGGGGGGCUACGGUGGUUCCUACUAAAGCGGGUCCUGAGUAGCUCCCGCUGUGUGUGGCUACACAAAGAAGAGCGGCCCCAUCACGUAGCCGGUAAGAGAUCUUCGGAUCCAUUUGGAUUCCUUCAAACACAGAACUCAGAACUUUUUUUCUAAUUAUCUGGCCUAAUUAGAGUAGUAUUGACUGGGGCACUGGCAUCUUUCUCCCCCAAAAGUUUUGUGCAAGAUACCUUUUGCCACGUGGGGAGAUCCAGCCAAAUCACUCUUUAUAAUGGCCACUAACUGUUGCAGUUAGAAACCUGUAGGGUAUUUUUUAUUUUUUUUUGUAACACCACGCGGUUGCCCGUCCAUUUUUUGGUGGCAAUCCACCCUGGAAUUUCAGGCGCCAAGAUUUGCAUUCUCCCCCGAAAAAUAAGGGGGUAGUGGGGGUGGGGGUCAUCCUGAAAUCUUUUGAACUGUAUUGGCAUGUCUCCCGAAUUUUUAUUUCUGUAAUAAAGGUCCAGAAGUGGUUUAUGAUACCAUACAUUCAGAGGUUUAGUCAUGUUUAUUUGUUUUACCUGCAUGUUUUUAGUUGGAUGUAUUGUGUGACGGGGUUAUUUUUUUAUUUGUCUGUCUUUUUUUACUUGAGCAUUACUGAGUGGUGCUGCAGUGAACCCAAUUAAGUCCGGGUUUUUUAGGUAAUACAUUUGGUAGCAGUUAGAGCUGUACAAAUUCAAUACCCAAAGAUUGUACUAUUAUGCUAACUGUAUUGUGUAAUAACUCAGGGUACCAAGUAUAUAGUCUAAACCAAAUGUGUUGCCUAAAUAUUUGUGGAUUUUAAAAAAACUGCCUCUCGUCUUGCUAUGCAGGGGAAGAUUGCAGUACUUCAGUUUCCUGUUACUGCAUUUCUUCAUGGAUUUUAUUUUUUUUCGAAAUCGACAACAAUAAACAUUGCAGUUAAUGUUUUGCGUUGUAUUAGCCUUUUUUUCUUACGUGCAACACAAACCUUUCUUAAACUUAACCGUAUUUUGAUUCUCUCUCUCUCUCCCAUGACUGCUUCGUUGUCUGACUUCUAAUGUUUGUGGUAAAUGGAAAUUGAUAUCAAUGUGACUCCCUGAAGGAUUGGAAAAAUUACUGUAAGGAACAGAAGUCUUCUGUAAACUUUAAUUGGUUUUUCCAUUUCAUUGUAAUAAAGUUUUUUUCUUUUUUUUUUUUUUAAUCCUUGAAAAUCGGUGGUAUUCUUUAUUGUAUGGGGGGAGGGGGUAUUUCCAUACUCCACGUGCUACUUGUGUGGUACCCAUUUUGUGUGUUGUGCUGCUAAUAUAAAACACUAGGUGCCGCAGUGGAGGCCAGAUUUAAAUCUGGCAUUGCUGGGUUUAGCGGUUGCCUGGGGAUACUGCAACUCCCAAUCCAUCUGGCCAAUGAGCCUAGUUCAGUUUUUCCAAGGGUCCUAACCUUUUUAAGUUUCUCUUUUUAAAGUUUGGGUUAGGACAUGCUGGAUCUUAUUUUGUCAAUAAAAAAGCAAACCUAA